UUCUGCGCCAUUUACGAAACACUGCCGAGAAAAUAUGCAAGAUCUGUAACACCAGCGCUAUAUUGUCAGUCUAACAGUCGUUGAUUGAAACAUGAAACGACCCAGAGAAAACAAGGCAGCCCAUUAGGAACCAAAGAACCGCAACAGAUAUUCAACAACAUGAAAUACCUUCUGGAGCUAUGAUAAUUAGGUUUUAAAGUGCAACCAUGAAAGCCCUCUGCUGCAUCUGUUCCGAUUUAUUUGUCAACGAUGCCAGCAUCAGUAUCUCGGCGACUCCAUGUGGUCACACCUUUCACGAAGAGUGUCUGUUUAAGUGGCUUGCCACCUCCAGCACUUGUCCGAGCUGUCGCUCUCGUGUCAAUAGAAGCAACAUCAUCCAUAAGCUCUACUUUGACGGUGGGGAGGAGGGCGAUGAAGGCACCAGCGACCCCUCUAAGCUUUCAAACGAUAUUCAAGAUCUGAAAUUAAAACUCAGCAAGUUUAAGAAAGAGAAAGCUGACCUUAUUGAGGAAAGAAAUGCUACAGAAGUAAAGAAACAAGAUAUUGAAGACGGUAAAAUAGAAGCGUUACGUUUACUUAAACAGGAAGAAACAACAAACGCCUCUUUGAGGAAGCAACUUCAAUAUUUCAAAAGUCAGGAGGAUAGUUUGAAGAUACAGAGGGAAGAAUGCCGUAAGAUAAAGAAGAAAUUUGUUGACCUACAAAACGUCGAAAAAUUAGUAACAGGAUCUGAGGAGGAAGUUCAGAACCUUGUCCAGAGUUCUGGAGAAAGUGGCUCAACCCGGCAAAUGGCCACAUAUCUUGUGGUAAUGAAACGGGAGUUUCAGCAGGUCAAAGAAGAGAAGAAGAAAGUAAAAUCCGAGUUUGACAAAUGUAGAAGGCUUCUGAUGACUAAAGAUCGUGAAUUAAAUCAGGCAACCUCAGAGUUAUCUACCCUUACAGAGUGCUAUUCAAAAUCGGAAGAUGAACUUAAGCAAAAGGAAAAGGAAGUUGAGUCCUUAAAACAAAAACUUAGUCGUCUAAAACGAGCAAUAGUUAGUCCUUGUGUCGCUACACCUAGUGCUAGUUCUAGCUUUGUGGAGACCCUGAUGGAGGAAAGUCCAGCACCUGCCACUCCAGUUCAACUGAAACCAUCACCUGGGGAAAUAGACCUUGAUGGUAAUAUAGGCUCACCUGAUUUCGUAAAACCUAGUCCAAACACACACAACAGAUUUCACUGUGAGGAAAAUAAGAUGAAAUUUGUUAAGAUAUCGUCUGCAGCCAGUUCCCAAAAUCCAGCUAAAAAAGCCAAGCGUGAUCUAGAAGACAUCAGUAAUAUUACAGGCCUUGGAAAUUUCAACAUUUUCAAGAAAAAGGCCUGUGCUGGAGACUUAAACAGUGUGUUUAGGAAGGGUUACGAUGGGCUCGGUGGACACACCUCCUUUACACAACACUUGGGUCGGCCUGGUGCUGCCAAACCUGUCUCUAAGACGGCAUCCCGUCUUAUUAGUAAAAACGGCAAAAUCAAGAAAAUCCCACCUUUACCGAGUAUGGACCAGUUUGUAAACCUAACUUGAAUUG